AUGGCAUGGCAUGAUCGUUUCUUAAAAUGGAACAAAACUGGAGACAGUCCAGAAACUCUGUUGCUCCGGAUCAGUGAUAUUUGGUCGCCAACGAUUAUUUUCCUCAACACCGUGUCGGAUGUGAAAUACACGAAAGAUGAAGAGGACAAGGCCAUCGUGUACAACACUGGACUUGUUGUGUACGUGCACAAUGGUCGACUGGAUACUCGCUGUAAGGUUAACAUCCAACAGUUCCCCUUUGAUCAGCAGGUAUGUUUCAUAUCCAUGUCUCCCAUGGUCACCGCACUCAGCGGGGAAGAUGUCACUGUGCAAAAUCCAAAUGUUGAUCUGGAAUCGUUCGAGGAGAAUGGAGAGUGGGAGUUAGUAGAAGCGACAUUUGCUCCGAAAAAUAUCAGUUCCAGGGGAGCAAAUGUUACCACUGCCAUUGCUGCCUUAACACUUAAGAGACGAACCACCUUCUACAUCCUCAACAAUAUCCUGCCUGUCGUGUUCCUGUCCUUUCUUAACACCUUCGUCUUCCUAUUGCCCGAGGACAGUGGUGAGAAGAUAUCCCUGUGUGUCUCCAUCCUGUUGUCCUAUGCCAUGUUCCUGACCCUCAUCAGUUCCUACCUACCAGCGAACUCCGACCACCUGUGUUUCUUCAGUGUCUACGUCACCCUGCUUGUGUUGAUCAGCACACUCACAUGUCUCGUCACAAUCUUCAUGUUGGUACUUCACACUCACCUGCAGAAAGGGAAGGACGUUCCAAGGUGGCUGCGUGGUCUUAAUGAGACAAGGGGCAAAGUGGAACCGGCUGAACAAGAACCAAAGAAUGGCACCAAUGAAAUGUCAGCCCAAACAGGAGACGUCGACAUAGUGCGAAAGCUGAACUUGAUUUCAUUUGUAACAUUCUUUUCCCUAACAGGUAUUACAAAUAUGUUAUAUUUCUUAGGUGCAAAUACAUAA